GACCGACUCACACACACACAUAUAUACACGCCUACAACCCUUGAGGAUACAUCAACACUCAUCACACACACCCCCCCAACUACCACCACCAAUACAUGACCACUUGCUUCCCAACAUACGAUCUCGCCAACAUGUCUGGCCACAUGCAACCAUCACAGCUCCACCGACGCACCUCGCGUGGCUCAGUCAGCCAAGCAGCAUGCCGCUCGUCACGGAUUGAAAAGACAAAGAGCCACCACAACAGCCCAAAGGCCAUGGAGAGGAGAAAGACGACGUCCGAGACCAAGCUGUAUGCUACGCUCGACGACCACUACCGGAUGAUGUUUGGCGUAGAAGCGGAAGAGGCCGAAGAGCGACCCCAAUCCACGCGACCUGUGAGCUGGCAUCCUGCUUCGUCUCAGCUCCAGUCACAACAACAACAACAACAACAGCAACAAGCUGUGCAACAAGCAACAAACUACUUUGAGCCCAUGACGCAUCAGCCGUGGUCACAAGCUUACUCGCCAUCACGAAACUCUUGCCAUGGCUCCGACUACUACUCGCUGUCAGCACGCAACUCGAUGCUGGAGCCCAUGACAAGUGCGCCAGCUGGUUCCGACUAUGGAUGGUGUCAACAAACAGGCGGCUACGCCAACUCGUGCACCAACACACCAAGGUCGGAGCCGCUGCCGUGGUAUCUGCAGCAAUGGGCACAGAAGAACCAGGCACAGGCUUUUGAGGGGCACGAGGAUGACGGAGCCAUGGCAUACCGGGGUCAGCAAGACCAAGACAUGGAUGGGGAAGAGGAGGAGGAGGGCGAAAAGCUAGUGGCCCUGGGACUGUACGACGCGCCCGAGCCAUCUCUGACAUGGGGGGCACCCAGCCAAGGCAAGGGCCUCAAACUGGAAGAAACGUGGCAGCCGCCCGAAGAGGAUGGCGACGAGGACGACGAUGACGCAAGUUCCGAGGGCAGUGUCGAGGAGCCGUCACCACCCUUGCCGCCCGUGGACGAGCAGGUGCAGCACAUGGCGGUUCAUGUCAAAUCGCAAACGCCCAGCAGCAUGGAAGGCCAGAGCUUCUUCUUUGACGAAGACGAGACCGUGUCCAAGGAGUGGUGGUUUCAACAGGUCAAGCAGCCCUCGAUGCCAGUGCGGGAGGGCGGGCUGGGAUACGGGUGGUUGUGAGGGGGGGGGACAAGGCGGGUUUCAAACGGCCUUUUGGUGCUACUCAAACACCGGGCACAAGGGAGCAUUGGGGGGGUUUGGUAUUUAUUUUUACUAUUUUUGGUUUAGCACAGCAUGGCGUUUUGCAUGGACCCGAUUGGGGGCCGGAUAAGACCGGUAGAGACAGAGAUGGAGAUACCCAGCCUUCGCAGGCAUAACAAGAGAGAGAGAGAGAGAGA